AUGGCUGAACACUUGUCAUUCACUUCUCAUUCACUUUGCAGGGAGACUAGCCCCAAGCGCAAGAGGAGUACCCCUUCAAGCAAUGCGGGAGAUUCAGACUCCCUACGCAAAGAGGGUUGGCUGCACCGGCAUUUACCCAAGUCCGCGCUUGUGUUGUUUGAGAAAGCCAUGAAUGCAGUACCAGUACCUCAAACCAAAAAGAUGGCGGCCUCCGCUAGAAAGUUUGCUCAUAUCUGUUUACACCGUGCUGUUGAUGAGCCGUUUCUUGCAGAUGGCCUGAAGACUAUGCUGAAAGGAUUGAGUUCUGACUUCGUGGUAUCGAGAGAAAUGCAAACGGACAGCGGAAGAGCAGAUAUUGUAGUUCAAGUAGGACAGAGAAUAGUGUUAAUUGCCGAAGUGAAGAGUGCAAUAGCUACGAAAGAACCGCUUGCACGAGCCAUGCAAUAUUUCUGCCAAUUCAAGGAGGGUUGUUCAAAGGAGGAUUUGUGUUCCAGCCUUGUUGUUACACUUAGACCACCACUUAUAGUGGUCUAUGGAGCUGUCAGUGUGGGUCAAUCCAGUGACCAUGUGUUGUUCAGUAAACUGGAGAGUUCGUUUAUAUCUGACGAAACUGAUGAUAUUGACAAGCUUGCUCAGACGUUGGGAAGAAUUAAAGCAGUUGCGACAGAGCUGGCUACGAGUUCAGCAAGCAUGAGGGAAGUACAGGUGACCUCUGACCUAGUCCUAAAAAAUAUUGCAACGCAUGAAACAUGCAACCUGAGACCCACAGUUUUUACAGCUACAUGCCAAGGAAGACAAGUUCUACUAAAGCUGUGCAAGACUGGUUAUGGUGAAGAGGUGCAUAGAUUUAUGCAUAAGCUGAAGUUUGCUCCUGAACUCAUCUACUGUCAAGAAACGAAGGAUUUGACUGUUGUUGUCAUGGAGCUGGUUCCUAAUGCUAAGAAUCUGGCAGAGUAUCUUAAAAUAACUCAUGGCCAAGGUCAUGACUAUGGCUGGAUCAAGAGCGAGCUGCAGAAGAUUGGCCAAACACUGUCUGAUAAAGUAUUUGUACAUGGAGACUUGAGGGCGCCAAAUUUUCUGAUUGCACAGGAUUUUAUGGAGAAGCCUAAGGCUGUCUGCCUAGUUGAUUAUGACUGGGCUGGAAAGGGGGAUGGUACCAGACGUUAUCCAUUAGACUUGAAUGAGGAACUUUAUGGAGAAGGUGGUGUACUUGGAGGUGGACCAAUAGUACUAGAGCACGACGAGAUACUACUCCAACGAUUGCUGGACUUUAUUGGCUAG